AAAAACAUGAAGUUGUUAUUGCAAGGCUUCUAAAAUCUUCUACUAGAUAUUUCCUCUCAAUUGCGCAUGCAAAAAAGAAUGACUAUCGACGUGGCUCAAUUGCGCCUCCUCGAGCGAGAGGUGUUCGCACCAGCCACCUGGUUCCCCGACAAACUAUCGAAAUCUGUACACCUUCGUACGUUGAGUAUUACUUUUCAUCAAUUUUAUAUUCGUCAUAAGUUAUUUACAGCAUCAGCGAAGCCUGAAACCUACAGACUGUAAGUGCAGUGAUGAUUCAUAUAAGUAUAGAAGACGACACGAUGUUCAUUCAUAACAUUGCUUACUGCCUCUCAAACUUCCACACAUUCAAUUCGCAGCAGAAUGACAACACCAACAUCAUCAAACCCUGUUUCAUGGGCGUCCCUUUUCUGGGGGCUUCUCCCCUUCGCCAUCAACUCCAUGACCCAACCCUCAGGUCUAGUCUGCGGCGCUGAUGCAGAUGUUGGAUUCCUCCUUCGAAGCUCCCCUAUCAUCUGCUUCCUUGACACGAUGCUGAUCUUGAUCCGCUUUACAUCAUACUACUUCAGCAGCGGAUCAUUUUGCGAGGCCCGCAACAGACUUGUCAGAUUCAGGUUCAAUGGCGAGCAUUGGACUGAAUUCAAAGAAGCAAAGAGAAAGGGUGGUCGAACAGCGCAAAAGAACGAGCAAAUCCUCCGAUUCCUCUUAUUUGUCCUCGCCAUUUCACAGUUCAUCAAGAUAUUCGCCUACGAAGGCGUCAUAUGGUCGAAAGUCAUCGCUGCGCUGUAUCUUGGGUCGUUUCUCGUUACAGAGCUGCUCGUUGUCUGGCAUGCAGUAUGGAUGACGGACAUCGCGGACCUCAAGGAAGAAUAUCCUACGAUCAUACCUUAUGGCUCCAUUGCUGUAGCUGUCGCAUUCAUGCUUUGGUUUGCAUCAGUUGCGGCAAGAGAUAUCUUCGGGCAUCCACACCACACCCUUCCUCAAUGGGCUGCUGGGGUGAUUGGCACCCUUGGAGCAGGAUUGGCGAUCCCAGCUCUGGGCUACAGCUUCCGCCACUGUAAGACCUGGAGACAAGUCAGGGGCUCUGCUGCGUUGCUAUUAUUCGUUCUUGGGUCCCCAGUUGGCUUCUACUUCACUGGUCAGAUCAUCCCAGCCACGAUACCGAUAAUAUGGAUUCAAGUCGUUGCUGCGGCAUUGGCAGCGGUGUGGGUCUCGAUUGCACUCUUAUAUGCUUCUCAGGCCACAAGAACUGUGAGGGCGCGGGGCAAGGAAAGGCAGAGGAAGAAAGUGGAGCAGGUGACUGCAUGGUAUUUCUUUCUUCUUCAUUUUAGCACUGCUUUGCUGUUUUAUUUGUUCAGUUAUGAUCCCCAGGGCACAAGUACCCCACGGUGGACGCAGUGUCUAGGUUAAGUUGCUGGGUUGAUACAUCGGCGUCAAAUGUUCUUUUCCUUUGUAAUGGUAUUUCGGAUACAAGAGAUUACAUGCUUUUUUGUUAUGUUG